AAACAGGCCCCCGGGAGGUCUGGAAGACCCGGAUGAUCCCGCCCCCGGAGCAGAGCCGGAAGAAGGCGGGUCGAGCCGGAAGAAGGUGAAAUGCUUUCGGUGGGUGCUCCACGGCUGUGAAGAUGGCGGCGGCUGCGUGGCUUCAGGUGCUGCCUGUCACUUUUCUUCUUCUAGGGGCUCAGCCGUCCCCACUGUCGCUUUUUGGUGCAGGACCGGCACCUGUGUCUGCAGCCGACCGAUCUAAGUGGCACAUUCCGAUAACGUCGGUGAGUGGGAAAAAUUACUUUAGCUUCGGAAAGAUCCUAUUCAAAAACACCACUAUCUUCCUGAAAUUUGAUGGAGAACCUUGUGAUCUAUCUUUGAAUAUAACCUGGUUUCUGAAAAAUGCAGAUUGUUACAAUGAAAUCUACAACUUCAAGGCAGAGGAAGUAGAGACAUAUUUGGAAAAACUUAAGGAAAAAAGAGGCUUGUCUGGGAAAUAUCAAACGUCAUCCAAGUUGUUCCAGAACUGUAGUGAACUCUUUAAAACACAGAGCUUUUCUGGGGAUUCUGUGCAUCGACUACCUCUUCUAGGAGAAAGACAGGAGGCUAAAGAGAAUGGAACAAAUCUUACCUUUACUGGAGAUAGAACUGCAAUGCAUGAACCAUUGCAAACUUGGCAAGAUGCACCUUACAUUUUUAUUGUACAUAUUGACGUUUCAUCCUCAAAGGAAUCAUCCAGAGAAAAUUCACUAAGUAAUCUUUUUACCAUGACUGUUGAAGUGAAGGGUCCCUAUGAAUACCUCACACUUGAAGACUACCCAUUGAUGAUUUUUUUCAUGGUGAUGUGUAUUGUGUACGUCCUGUUUGGUGUUCUGUGGCUGGCAUGGUCUGCCUGCUACUGGAGAGAUCUCCUGAGAAUUCAGUUUUGGAUUGGUGCUGUCAUCUUCCUUGGAAUGCUUGAGAAAGCUGUCUUCUAUGCAGAAUUUCAAAAUAUUCGAUACAAAGGAGAAUCUGUACAAGGGGCCUUGAUCCUUGCAGAGUUGCUUUCAGCAGUCAAACGCUCACUGGCUCGAACCCUGGUCAUCAUAGUCAGUCUGGGAUAUGGCAUAGUCAAGCCUCGUCUUGGAGUCACUCUUCACAAGGUUGUGGUGGCUGGAGCCCUCUAUCUGUUGUUUUCCGGCAUGGAAGGGGUCCUCAGAGUUACCGGGGCCCAGACUGAUCUUGCUUCCUUGGCCUUUAUCCCCUUGGCUUUCCUAGACACUGCCCUGUGCUGGUGGAUAUUUAUUAGCCUGACUCAAACAAUGAAGCUAUUAAAACUCCGGAGGAACAUUGUAAAACUCUCUUUGUAUCGACAUUUCACCAACACACUUAUUUUGGCAGUAGCAGCAUCUAUUGUGUUUAUCAUCUGGACAACCAUGAAGUUCAGGAUAGUAACUUGUCAGUCGGACUGGCGGGAGCUGUGGGUGGAUGAUGCCAUCUGGCGGUUGCUGUUCUCCAUGAUCCUCUUUGUCAUCAUGGUUCUCUGGAGACCGUCAGCAAACAACCAGAGGUUUGCCUUUUCACCAUUGUCCGAAGAGGAAGAGGAGGAUGAGCAAAAGGAACCUAUGCUGAAGGAAAGCUUUGAAGGAAUGAAAAUGAGAAGUACCAAACAAGAACCAAAUGGAAACAGUAAAGUAAACAAAGCACAGGAAGAUGAUUUGAAAUGGGUAGAAGAGAAUGUUCCUUCUUCUGUGACAGAUGUAGCACUUCCGGCCCUGCUGGAUUCAGAUGAGGAACGAAUGAUCACACACUUUGAAAGGUCCAAAAUGGAGUAAAGAAUGGGAAGAUUGGCAGUUCAAGAUGUUUAGUAUCAGGGAAGAGAUCAGCCCCUGUGUCAGUCUUCUACACUGCUCUGUGAGAUUAAAGGAAGCAAUGACAUCCUGAUCUGUUCCUUGAUCUUUGUGCACUGGAGCUGGCGAGAGGUGUCAGAACAAGGAGAGCAUCUUACUGAAAACAAUUUCAUAGGAUGAGAAAAAUCUGCAAGCUUCUCAUUUACAACAUUGAUGCCCCUGUCCCUCCCCAGCCCUGACAUGGAUGUUUAUGCAACUUAUCUAUGUUGUUCCUGAACUUCCUGUGUUUCAGUUGUUUAAUCUGUCAAACUAAAAAGUUUAACGCCUUCAAAAGGACUGUAUCAUCAACACCAUGAUGUGUAAUCUCCAGGAGCAACUGCCUGUAAUUUUUAUUUAUUUAGGGAGUUACAUGGGUGAUGGGGGAAAUUGGUAAUUAUCUUUUGGUUUCCUGGGAAGUCAAGGUUACAUCUUGCAGAGAUUGUUUUGAGAAAAAGGGGCCCCUUCUGAGUUAAGGUGCCAUGGUUGUAUAAAUAAUUGAAAGAAAAAGAAACUGUUACAGUGUGAUUCAGAUCAUAUAAAAACAAAAUCAAGUGCAAUUUUGUUUACAAAAUGGUGUAUAUUGAAGAUUUUUCUAUUUCAGAUGUACUUUAAAGAGAAAUAUUUGCUUAACUCUUUUGACAUCUGCUAUUGUGACAUAUCCCAUUGCUGGCAAUGUGGUGCACACUCCGAGACUUUUAACUACUGUUUUGUAAGCCUCCAAGGGCAGUGUGGCAGAGUCCUGGGCAGUGCUUUGUUGGCCUUCGUGCUUUCCACUGUGUGUUGCAUUAGCUGCAGAGCGGUGCUCCGUCUCACGUGCUAAGAGAGAGCAUCUUGCCAGAGCACCUUCAGAAGAGGGAGCUGCAAGAAAGGAAACAGGUGCAGGGGGCUUCAUUUCAGUGAUUGUUGCCUGAAGUAGCGUGGCGCUCCUGGACUGCUGCUCCUUCCUCAGGGUUGCAGGCUUGACUGGUCCAGUAUCUGGCGGUAGUUUAGAAGCUGUUUAUAAGGGAUGUCACACGGUGAUGGGAUUCACUUGAAGCACUAUAUUUCUGUUUUAAUGGUUUUAUCCAAUUUGCCUUCCCAAGAGUUUUGUUCUACAUAAGUUCAUGCCACUUUUUAAUAUAAAAAUUUUAACAAAAAUUAA